AUCUACUUGCUCGACCCCGGUGGUUUUGUUUUUCGAGCGAUUGAGUGAGAAGGUUUCCCCCGGACUGUUGUCUUCUUCUUUUCUUUGUGGUCCGUUGAAUAUAUAGUCCUUCUCACAUAACGAUGGCGCAAAACGCCGUGGGAAGGCUCUUCCGCAGCCAGAAUUCCACGACUCUGCGUCAAUCCAUUGGGUCGCUUACACAGACGCGCAAUGCUUCUAGGAAUGCCGUCCCUACCUUCCAACAAACCUCGUCCCCGGAGCUGGACCAAGCCCUCACCCGGUUCCGCGAAGAGCUCUUCAUACCCUUCGGUCUCGGCCAGGACCAACGACGUCUCAUGUUCCGCCAGAAAUACGCCGACCGACUGGAGCAAGAGCCCGUGACGGCCAACAUAAGCGAGGACGAAGACUUCCUCCUUCGCCCGAUGGACCCGCAAUCACGACCGACGCUCAAAGAAGCCGCGGAGGUGAUCAGCCUGAUGCAGAGCAAGAAUGACUGGAAGAACCUGGUGCCGUUCCUGUCGGGACUACAGAUGGCCAACCGGCACUUGAAGCCUAGCCGGUUGGAGUGGCUGGUGCGGAAGGCGGGCGAACACAAUGCGGUGAACUUCGUGGUGGAAGCCGCGAAACAGGCGGACAGGACGGGUGUGAAGCUGAAUGAGGUCGGGAUUGUGCAGCGGUUGUUCUUUGAGCUGCAUCGCAAGGCUCAGAAGGCGGAGUUCCAGGGCCCGGAGGUUACGAAGGCUUUCAAUCUGGCGACGCAGUUGGUUGGGUUGAUGGAGCGCCCGCCACAUGUUCAGCAUGAUGUGAUGGUUGAUCCCAAGAGGAAGCCGUUUGUGGCGGGGACGUUGUUGGAGUUGAGUGCUGCUAGGGCGCUGGGUGAGUUCGAGGGUAAGGAUCAGGGUGGUCUGGUGCGCAUCUACAGUAGUCGGGUGCUGGGGUGCUGGAAGAUGGGUAACUUCGCUAGUGAUGUCCAGGAUUGGCGCGCUGUGGAUAAGAUGCUGCAGGAGAAUGUGCCGAUCUAUAAUGGUAUGAAGCUUGCGCUGAAGGUGCAGGGCAUUGCCAAUGACAAGACGGUUGCUCCGGGCCUGAAGAACAGGCUCAAUGAGCUGGGUCAGUUGAUCGCCAAGCAGAAGAAGAGCGCUCCUGAGGAGAUUCAGAAGAACCCUUCGCUGGGUCUGGCGCAGGCUCAGCUCCUUCAUGAGAACUAGAGCCGGUGUCUUCUACAUUUUGCCAUUUUCAGCUGAUUUUAUCUUUACUGUAUAUUACCAUUUUGGAUCGUUCGGAGCUGUAUCUGUAUUUGAAGAUAGAUGCCAUUUCCUUUCAUUCUUUC